AUGGCCGCGUCCACCAUGUCCGUCUGCUCCAGCAACAUGAGCUAUGGCAGCCGCGUCUGCCUUCCUGGUUCCUGUGACUCUUGCUCUGACUCCUGGCAGGUGGACGACUGCCCAGAGAGCUGCUGUGAGCCCCCCUGCUGCGCCCCCAGCUGCUGUGCCCCGGCCCCCUGCCUGACCCUGGUCUGCACCCCAGUGAGCUGUGUGUCCAGCCCCUGCUGCCAGGCGGCCUGUGAGCCCAGUCCCUGCCAAUCAGGCUGCACCAGCUCCUGCACGUCCUCAUGCUGCCAGCAGUCCAGCUGCCAGCCGGCUUGCUGCACCUCCUCCCCCUGCCAGCAGGCCUGCUGUGUGCCCGCCUGCUGCAUACCCGUCUGCUGCAAGCCUGUGUGCUGUGUGCCCACCUGCUCUGAGGAUUCCUCUUCAUGCUGCCAGCAGUCUAGCUGCCAGCCGGCUUGCUGCACCUCCUCCUCCUGCCAGCAAGCCUGCUGCAUGCCCAUCUGCUGCAAGCCUGUCUGCUGUGUGCCCGUCUGCUCUGGGGCUUCCUCUCUGUGCUGCCAGCAGUCUAGCUGCCAGCCAGCUUGCUGUACCACCUCCUGCUGCAGACCCUCCUCCUCCGUAUCUCUCCUCUGCCGCCCCGUGUGCAGGCCCACCUGCUGCGUGCCUGUCUCCUCCUGCUGUGCCCCCACCUCCUCCUGCCAGUCCAGCUGCUGCCGCCCGGCCUCCUGUGUGUCCCUCCUUUGCCGCCCUGCAUGCUCCCGCCCGGCCUGCUGCGGGCCCAUCUCAACCCAGAAGUCCAGCUGCUGAGUGAUCUCCUUAAGAUCAUCCAAAGCCUGAGUGCUCACUGCCCCUGCACCCCUGGGUUCUUUACCCUUGACGGCUCUCCACAUCCCGCUCCUGAGCCUUGCAGUGGGCGUCAGUGGCCAGCUGGCCACCCAGUGUGCACUUCUCCUCCUAGCAGCAGCUCAGCUGUUUCUCCAAGUCUUGAC